AUGUCCCUGCUAGGCGCGAUGCGACUGGAUGACGAAGUUCGCCAGUCGGAAAAAGAUUCUGCCGAAGUUAUGGACCUGAUGACGUUUGCUCGCUCGUCGUUGAACAUUUCUGCAGAUGACGUCGCAUCUACCAACGACAGUCAUGUCGUCUGGUUGGAAGUGCUGCUUAACAGGUUACUAUAUGAUUUUGGGCGAGACCAGCACUGGAUUAAUGUCGUCCAGAACAAGAUCCAAUGCAAGCUCGCUGCUAUUCACGUGGAGUACAGCGGCGACCUGCUGUUCGUGUUCGAAACGAAGCUUAAUCUGAUGAAGCUGAAGGACGAGUCUGUGGCAUCGCCGAAGAAGAACCAAAGGCUGUUGAGAUACUCAGAAGAAGAUGCGCUGGAAUCGCCUGAAUCGUCUUCGGAUGACGACUCUGCUGCACCACUGCCCUCCAAUAGACUGGGCAAGACGUCUGAAAGGCAACCAAGGUGA